AUGAAUUUGUUGCUGUCAUUUUUAUUAUGUGCUGCUGCCACCAUAAAGAUUCAGGCUUAUUUCAACGAGACUGCAUAUUUGCCAUGUCAAUUCAUAAACUCUAAUAACCUAAGCCUGGAUGAGCUGGUAGUCUUCUGGCAGAAUCAGGAACAGUUGGUCUUGUUUGAGCUAUACCAAGGCAAAGAGAAAGCUGAUAAUGUUGAUCCUAAGUAUAAAGACCGCCACAUAAGCUUUGACGAGGAAAAUUGGACCCUGCAUCUCCACAAUGUUGAGAUCAAGGACCAGGGCAAUUAUCAGUGUUUUGUCCAUCAUAAAAGCCGUAAAGGACUUGUUCCCACCUACAAGAUGAGUUCUGAAUUGGCAGUGAUUGCUAACUUUAGUCAACCUGAAAUAACGCAAGAUUCUAAUUCAUCAGUCAAGUCUUACAGAAAUUUCACUUGCUCUUCUAUAGAAGGUUACCCACAGCCUAUGGAGAUGUACUUUUUGCUAAAAACUGAGAAUUCAACUAUCAAAUAUUCUCCUACCAUGCAGCAAUCUCAAGAUAAUAUCACAGAACUUUACAAUGUUUCUAUCAGCUUGUAUCAUACUGGACUUCAAAAUACAACAAGCAUGAGCAUCCUGUGUGUCCUCUGUAUCACAGAUGACCAACCUUUGCAACCUGAGCUGACGAAGAUGUGUCUUUUCUCCCAACCUUAUGUUAUAGUUCCAGUGUCACCCGAGACACUUCUGAUUCCAAAAGACCACAUCCUCUGGAUUGCUGUUACCCUUCCACUGGUCAUUGUCAGUGUGAUGAUAUUCUUUCUAGCACAAUGGAAAAGGAAGAAGAAGCACCCUGACCUCUCUCGUCAAUAUCAUGAAUGUGAAACCAUCAAAGUGGAAGGAGAGGAGAGUGAAAAUGCCAAGCAAAGAGUAGAAGACCAUGCACUGGAAAGGUCUGAUGAGGAAGCCCCAUAUGUUGUUAAGGAUUUGAAGACAUCUUCUGCAGAACACAACAGUGCUACACGUUUUUAA